AUGGGCUCUGCUGGCCCCCGGGCGGGAAUGCUGCCGCGCGAUGGGGAAAAUACCCGGCACGCGGAGCAGGACGUGGAGCUGUGCCAAGUGUGGGAAAUUACCCGGUUUGGGAAAACGGACAGCGGAGGGAAUGAGGUCUGGGCGGCGCUGCCCGCGCCGGCCUCGCCGCUCGAGGUGCACGUGGCGCGCGCCGCCGUGCUCGCCGUCGAGGGCGAGGGCGCCGUGCUGCCCGUCUGGUACAGCAGCCGCUCGCGCCGCCCGCCCUACGUCACCUGGCUGCUGCACCCGCCCCACGGCGACCCCUUCCAGAUCCUCACCUACAUGGACGGGGCGGUGAAGGCGGAGGAGACGCCGCUGCAGGGCCGCGCCAGCUUCGUGCACGCCGUGGCCGCCUCGCGCAACCUCUCGGUGCUCAUCAACGGCACGCGCGAGGCCGACUCGGGCCAGUACGUGUGCACCGUGAACGUGCCCGGCGAGGCGGCGGGCAGGAACGUCGCCGUCGUCAACCUCACCGUGCUCGUGCCGCCGGGCACCCCGGCGUGCCGGCUGCUGGGCAGCCCCGGCGUGGGCCGCGACGUGACGCUGAGCUGCGCCGCGCGCCACGGCAAGCCGCUGCCCGCCUACCGCUGGCAGCGCGCGCCGCCCGCCCCGCGCCGCUUCUUCCCGCCCGCGCACGUGUUCGUGGUGGGACUGGCACUGCCAUGGGGGUAG